AAUUUAAAGUGUAAUAAUCUUUGGCUGUUUUGAACUAAUAAUAUUUCUUUUAGUAAUAUUAUUUUAAAUAUAAACCUAACUUCAACCCUUAACCAGGAUAACGUAACAUGCAUCAUGCUGACAUUACUUCUGAAAUAUAAAUUUGCGUGACGGACUGGAACAGAUUAUAGUGUCUUUCCCAGAUCCGACGUUUUAAACAGACCUUGAACGCAACAACAAUGGAUCGCGAGAAUUUAGUCCUUGCUAACACAACACUGUUUAAAUAGAUUUAUACAAAAGUAAAAGCUCUCAAACGAGAGCCAAGUGUUAAUGUUCGCGUAAAUGAUCCGGACCGGUUCGGUCGCAUCGCCACUCUGGACUCUACUGGUUUUGCCUGAGACGCGGGAUUGUUGUUAUCGGCGUCGGCUAGUGCUGCUGGGUUAGCAACACGCUUGUCAGAGAAUGCGUCAGAAACGAGCUGAUAGAAAACGUCGUUUUGAGCGAGUUUCACCGCUUUCAAGAUGACAGAAAGAGCUAAGGACAAGCUAAAGCCGAGGUUGUCGCUGUCCAGGAAGAAGAAGAAGAAGAAAGAAGCUGAGACCUCUGCCAGCAACACUCCAAUCACGUCGUUCUUCAGCAGCCAGCCUCCACCGAAGCUGGCCUGCCCUCUGUGUGGCCAGCUGGUACCGAGAUUCGGGAUCAAUGAGCACAUCGACCGGCAGUGUGAGAACUUUGACAGAGGAGACAGCCCUCCUGAUGUCGUGUCAAACAUGUCACCUAGAAGCAACCCCCCCAAGUCUCCAGAGCUGGAAAGCAAAGUGGAAAAGGGAGGAUCAAAAACGAGCCCAUACUUUAAAAAUACCUGUCAGCAGACCCCACGAGAGAUGACCAGCAAGACUGUGGUCCGGACUAUUGGACUGGGGAGUCUGUCCUCGAAGUUAUCCAGAAAAUAUCACAACACACCUGAGGGGCAACCCACAGAGGACAACACUGCACCCAGCGAGAUGCUCUGCAGCUCUCAGAAGGAAAAUGUCCUGAUCCAGACAUCACAAGACAAGGAGGACUUUAAUGUCUCCAGUGUGGACUCUCCGGCAGCAUUGUGUUCAGAAACAGACGCUGUCAAAUCCAGUUCUCCCUCCAAACCAGCAAAGAGGAAAAAUGAAAUGACCUCCGGCGACACAAGUUCUCAAAAGAAAUCAAAACACGAAGAGAAGAGUGGAGAGCCGGAUCAGGCUCGGCGUGGAUCUGAGCUACUUUCUCCUUCUUCUCGUGGCCCAGCUUUGAGUUCAGAAGAGGCGUUUCAGAGAACGCCUGCAGGUGCUGCGGAGAACCAGAGCCCCGACGCCGCUCCGCUCCCCUACUACCUCCGUAACUUCCUGACCGUGCUGCACGCCGUGCUGGAGAACGAGGACGACGGGGCUCUGUUCAACCAGGAGGACAUGUCAGCUGUGCGUGCUUUUGAAACUUUACCAGUCACGGCUCAGAAGCUGUAUGUGAGGCUCUUUCAGAGGAAACUGAAGUGGCUCCAGGUUAAUAAACUGGAUUAUGAGGAGAUCUGCAGUAAUCUGGGACCUGUUGCACAGGAGCUGGUUCAGAGUGGCUUUCUACAGAGCGAGGAGGACCUGAAGGACCUGAAGGAGUCUCUGGAUCUGCUCCCGGCUCCUGAACUGAAAGCUCUCGCUAAGACCUUCCACCUGGGCGGUUCUGGCACGCAGAAACAGCAGUUAGUGGACGGGCUUCUCCGCCUGAGCAGGCAGAAGUCUGUCUUCUGUCUGGCCUCUGCUCGGGGCAACGUCGGGACGGUCAUCCUCAGACGGGCGAAGCAGCUCGCAGGCUCCUGUGUGCGUUUGUCCCGCGGUCCCCGGGCGGUCUUUUCUCGCAUCCUUCUGCUCUUCUCCUUGACGGACACUAUGGAUGAGGAGGAGACGGCCGCUGGAGGGCAGAACCAGCUUUUUACCAUCCUGCUGGUCAACUCGGGACGUCUGGCCUUCCCGGACUACACCGUGCAGCGCCUGGCCAAGGUGUUCCGAGACAGAGAGGAUCUUAUCAGAUAUGAAGCGUCCAUGCGAGCUCUCCUGGAGGUUACCACAGAGAUGCAGGGGGGUCGGUGGGAGCUGGCUCUGGAGCUGUACUCUGCUGCUAAAACCACCUGGUGUGAGCUGAGGACAACCCAGGACCUGAGUCACCAGGAAGAGCUGCCCGUGUUCCUCCGCAGCUUCACUACAGGGUGGGCUUACACUCGUAUCUUAUCCAGAGGAGUGGAGAUUUUACAGAGGCUACGCCGCUACCAGGAAGCAGUAGAAGAGCUGCGGUCCUUACUAAAGCAGUGCGUCUACUGUCAUGACAGCCGUGGGCGAUGGUGGGACCGGCUGGCACUGAACCUUCACCAGCACCUGAAACAACCUCAGGAAGCUAUCUGUGCAAUUAGAGAUGGGUUGCUGGAUCCCCUGGUGCGCACAGGACAUAAACUCUCUCUCCAUCAGAGAGCUCUUAGGAUGAAAGAGGCUGCCAGCUGCAAAAAGUACCGCUCACAGCUCAGAGACCUGCCCAGCCUUCAAGUCCACGAUGUCAAACAUGUGACCAUUCGAGGCCAGCUGUUUCCUCACGAGGGCGGCACGGGGAAAUCCAGAUUUCUCUUGCCAACAACCGAAGAGGGGGACGACUGUGCUCGUGCUACUGUAAUCUGCUCUGUGGAAGAGCUUUGUUUGGCACAUUACAGAAGACAAGGGUUUGACCAAGGGAUCCACGGAGAAGGAUCAACGUUCUCAACCCUGUUUGCUCUUCUGAUGUGGGACAUCAUUUUCCUGCACGGUAUCCCAGAUGUCUUCCGGAAUCCGUACCAGACCUGUCCUCUGGAUCUUUACACCGACUGUUUCUACGAGAACAGAAAGGAGGCGAUAGCAUCUCGUGUCCAGUUACUCUGUGAAGCCUCGGUGGAAACGCUGUGCGGCAUGAUGGAAGACGUCUGGAGUUCCCAGGAGGGUAAAGUGUGCUCACUGGUCAGCUGGGAACGUUUCUCAUCCCUGCGACAGGCGCAGUCUCUUGUCGCAUGCCUUGGAGGUGCCUUCCUAAGUGGAAUAGUGGACCGAAUGGCAAAAGACUACAGACACUGCCGUGGAGGUUUGCCUGAUCUCGUGGUGUGGAACACCUCAGACAACAGCUACAAGCUGGUGGAGGUGAAGGGGCCCAACGAUAGGUUGUCCCACAAGCAGCAGAUCUGGCUGGACGAGCUGCAGAAACUGGGGGCUGAUGUGGAGGUGUGUCAUGUGACGGCUAUCGGAGCCAGAGGAGGUUGUUUGGAGUAAAACCAGGGUCUGAUGAGGGGGAUUCGCUGCUAAUUGAAACAUGGAUUAAAAAUAAUGUUUGUUUUCUAUUUUGAAAGGCCUAGCUUACAGAUAAUUCAAGGUAAUGUGUGACCAAAAAAAAAAAAAAAACCAUAAACCUUUUUGAAACACAGUAUCAUCCACCGCUCAUGUUUAUUUGUGAGCCUUUAAACAGCAUUAGCUUUGUUUCUUGCGCAAUUAAUUACAGUGUUAAUUCUCUAUAAAGGAUUUUUAUUCCCCAUACCCGUUAAAGAUCAUCUGGCACCAAGAAAAAAACCGAUGAGGCUGAAAUUUUUAUUGCCCGUCGCAGAAAAGCUGCAUGGAUGUUUUUGUCUGUGUCUGUUAACAAAAUAUCUCAUGAAUCACUGGAUGAAAAUAUGCAAAUAUAUAAUUUUUGGAGCAAAUCCAAUUCAAGAAGGUAGCUACGGAUAAUGAACCUGAGCCAACACAAAAACCUUUAACUUAAUCAGAUUUACAGUUAUAGAGACAUCCCCAUCACAUAUCCUGGCAUCUCUUUUUUUUUUUUUUUGUCAAGGUUUGAACAAAAUGGCUACAACUCCACCCUUUUUCAUCACAAGAUGAUGUUCAUCUUAAAAUGCUGGCAUGAAAGGCUGUGGACAGUUAAUUUCAAUAAACAUUUUUUGCACUA